UGUUGGCAGGAGCGGCGAGGCGAUAUCAUGGCUGGCGCGGGGCCGCAUUAUCAGUAAGGCCGUGCAGUGUUAAUCUUGAUAGGGGAGUCACGUGGGCGGUGAGUGCGGAAGAAGCAAGAGCAAAAAAUGAAAUAAUUUUGGCUCUUGCCCCGGCUCCGUAUAUGAAUAUAUUUAUUCUUUUACCACUACCAGUCCCCCCUUCCAAUGGAUUCUCGGAAGCUUUCCAAGAAGCGGAAGGCUGUCACCAGAGAUGUCGAGGAAGAUCCCGAGGUCUUUUCUGGCGACGACCUGAGCCAGCUCGACCUCUCGGACGACGCCCAUGACCUGUCUGAAGGAAGCGACUCCGAGGUCGAAAUCGUCAAUGACUUCAGCGAUGAGGAUGACGACGGAGUUUCAGACAUUGACAGUGACGAAAUCCCUUCGGACUCGGAUGAUGGCGGUCUGCGUGUGUCAUUGCGAAAGGAAAAUGGACGUCCAGUCAACGGCAAGAUCGAAGCAAACCAACUCGACCCUGAGGAUGACGAACAGCCCAAUUACCGGGUUGUGAAGGAUGCGAAUGGAAAUGAACGAUAUGUGUAUGAUGAGAUCAACCCGGAUGACAACUCGGACUACUCCGACGCCGAGGAGAACCAAAACACGAUUGGGAACAUCCCCCUUUCCUUUUACGAUCAAUACCCACACAUCGGAUAUGAUAUCAACGGCAAGAAAAUCAUGCGUCCUGCAAAGGGUGAAGCACUAGAUGCACUUCUUGAUAGCAUUGAAAUCCCCAAGGGCUGGACAGGUCUCACUGAUCCGUCAACGGGAAAGCCAUUGGAGCUUAGCCAAGAUGAACUCGAAUUGCUGCGAAAGGUCCAGAUGAACGAAAUCCCAGAAGAGGGCUACAAUCCCUACGAGCCAACUGUGGAAUGGUUCACCAGCAAAGAGGAGAUUAUGCCUCUUAGUGCUGCCCCAGAACCCAAACGACGCUUCCUUCCUUCAAAACAUGAAGCCAAGAGGGUGAUGAAGAUUGUGCGCGCCAUUCGGGAGGGUCGCAUUCUUCCCUACAAGGCUCCGGUUGAGGAAGAUGAGGUCGAAGAAGGUGUUAUUCGGUACGAUAUCUGGGCUGAUGAAGCUCCAAGACCCGAUCAUAUCAUGAACGUCCCAGCACCCAAACUUCCUCCGCCUGGGUAUGAGGAAAGCUAUCACCCGCCUCCUGAGUACAUACCCGACAAGAAAGAAAGAAAGUCUUGGGAGGAAACCGAAGAGGAAGACCGAGAGACAGACUUUCUUCCCACGGAUUAUGCAGCUCUCAGGAAGGUUCCUGGGUAUGAAAACUUUGUCAAAGAGAAGUUCGAGCGAUGCUUGGAUCUAUACCUCGCUCCUAGAGUCAGGAGAAACAAGCUCAACAUUGACCCUGAAAGCCUGCUUCCUAAGUUGCCAAGCCCUGAAGAACUCAAACCAUUUCCGACUGCUUGCGCAACUCUGUUCAAGGGCCAUACUGGCCGCGUGCGUUCAGUGUCAAUUGACCCUACCGGACAAUGGUUGGCUAGUGGAGGCGAUGAUGGGACGGUACGCGUUUGGGAGCUUCUUACUGGUCGCCAAAUAUGGACUGCCAGUGUGAGCAGUGAGGAACCCAUUAAUGUGGUGCGUUGGCGUCCCGGCCACGAUGCUACGGUGUUAUGCAUCGCAUGUGGCGACGAUAUACAUCUUGCUGUCCCUACAAUCCUCAGCCCAGAGCUAGAGAAGAGUAGCUUGGACUUGCUUGAUGCUGGCUGGGGAUAUGCAACCAGUAAAAAAUCAUCCAACAGCAGCGAUUCAACUGCUAAAAGCGCGCCUCCCACCUGGAUUCGUCCAUCAUCUGCUCUGGCUGAAGUGGGAGUCUGUGUUACUAUCCCACUACGAUACAUCGCCAAAUCAGUCUCAUGGCAUCGUCGCGGUGACUACUUUGUCACCAUCUGUCCUGGAUCCUCGACACCAGCUCACCAGGCCAUCGCCAUCCACACGAUCUCAAAGCAUCUAACCCAAAACCCAUUUAGACGUCGAUUGAAAGGCGGCGGUCCUCCCCAAACCGCACACUUCCACCCCUCGAAGCCCAUUCUUUUCGUUGCGAACCAACGUACAAUCCGUGGCUACGACCUUUCGCGCCAACUCCUCGUCAAAAUCCUGCAACCAGGUGCGCGAUGGAUCUCUUCAUUUGACAUCCACCCAACCUCCUCGACAACAUCUGGAGGGGACAAUGUUAUAGUCGGGUCCUACGAUCGUCGCUUACUCUGGCACGACGUUGACCUUUCAUCCCGGCCCUAUAAGACCCUGCGAUACCACCGCAAAGCCAUCCGAGCAGUCAAAUUCCAUCCUAGCGGCCGCUACCCGCUAUUCGCAGACGCAAGCGAUGACGGGUCUCUUCAAAUCUUCCACGGAAGCGUUACUGGAGACAUGCUCAGCAACGCUAGCAUCGUGCCUCUCAAGGUCCUCCGUGGACAUAAAAUCACGGGCGAGCUGGGUGUUCUAGACGUGGAUUGGCACCCUGCUCAGCCCUGGUGUGUUUCUGCUGGCGCAGACGGUACUUGUCGGUUGUGGUGCUAAUUCUAAUUUCAUGUGCUUAUUUUAUUUUAUGUUAUUUUUUUCUGAUCAAGGCAUAGCGGCGUUGGUAAAAGUUUUGUAUAUACCUCGUUUUGUAGAUUUCAUUCAAUAUUUACUUCACGAAGUAGGACGAAGAAUAGAAUUAUGAUAUCUAAAUGAGUUUCAAAA